AUGCUCGCCCUCGAGAAAAGCGAAUCCCAUCGCGGCAAAUGCUGUCCCAACGUGUUGCCCUGCAGAAUCAACCACAACGGCGCAGUCAACACCGCGAAAAGAUACUGGAAUCCGACUUCACAGCCUGAUGGGAAAAGGGUGGCCUACUUCCGCGGUCGCAAACUCCACGGCAAGACCCUCACACUCCCGGAGAACUACCGCGGCGUUGUGGUAUCUACCACAGAGCGCGUGUUACCACAGGAGACCCCGGGAGGAGAGGAGCAAGGAGAUGAGCCGGAGGGAGAACGAGAGGAGGAGCCGGAAGUGAAGAUUCUGGAGGAGCAGUCUGGCUUUCAGGAGAUGGUGGUCUGGGGACAUGAGGUGCUGCCGGAUGGGACGGCGGAUCCGUAUGUAAGGGGUGUGGAGGAAUGGAUUGGGUUCGCGGAACAGAUACAUUCGUAUGAUGAGGUUGUAAAGAAGAGUUGA